CCUAGUUCCAAAUCCCUUAAACCUGAAACAUAAAAUACAGAGAAAAUGGACUUGAAUAUAAAUAUGAAGCAGAAAAAGGAUGAGAAACCACCUUAUGUUGUUGCGAAAGAUGAUACAAAGCCACUUCUUCAAGACCCAUUAUGGAGUUCAGAUCCAAAUCAAGCAGAACAAGCAGUGUUGAGAUUGCCACCAUUUACUGUCAAAUCAAAAGCUCAGCAGAAAUGAGGUUGUAUAAGGAUAAUAUUGGUUCAUGUAAUAGAUCUUCUGAGGAAUUUUAGUACCCUUUUUUAUCUUCUAUCUUUGUUGAAAAACUGUACGUUAUACUCCUCUUUGAUUCACGAAUACGAUAGAGUAAUUUGAAUAAUGAAGUAGUGUUGCACUUUUAUGGCGUUA